CUCUCUCUACAAUCCACUCUUACAAUUGUUUAUUUAUUUUCGUCAAAUUUAUAAAAAAAUGUGAUGUUGAAUCAGCCCAAAUCCUGUAGGAAAUUUGAUGUUGUAUCGGCCCAAAUCCUGCUCUGAUUUUUUAUACAUCUACUACAUGGUUUUGAGAAGUCCCUUCCUUGUUUACGUUUCUUCAACAUGGAAAAUUUUCUUUACAAUGUUUUAAUUCAUUUAUUUAUUGGAGACAGUAGAUGUAUUUGUUUGACAAUCAAUUUUCCUAAAAGCUUAAGCUUGUAAUAUUUGGAUCAAUAAUGUAUACCAUAUACUCUAAUAACCUCCUCAGGAGUAGCUUCCCUUUGAGCUUACAAGUAAGCUUAAUAAAUUGGGGAAUAAACAUGUAAGCUUUCAACAUAUAACCUCCUGAUAAAUGAAGCUCUGACACCAUGUCAGACAACUAAUUUUCAUGAAAGCUUAAGCGUCUAGGAUUUGAGUUCAUAAUGUAUAUAUCAUGCACUCCAACAAUAUUAAUUAUGGAUAAAAAGUACACGAAAAGGAUGAAGGGUCCUUUCCACAAUGACAAAAACUUGAACAAAAAAUGACUAUACUACUCCACUAUACAUGAGGAUUAUGUUGCAUAGGUUUGAGUUUGAGCGUCAAAUGUGAGUAUGUCUCUAGACGUUUGAACUUUCAUAACUCAAAUUUUAGAAUAAGUGGACUCAACUAAAAAAAUCCAAAAAAGCAGGCACGGGGUAUUGUGAUACGGUAUAAUAAAAGAAAAAUCAAUUCGAAAUAAAUUGCAAGUGAAGAUCUCUUUUUUAAUAGCUCCAAUCUUUUCCCUCUAAUCCUUUUUUUCCUCUUAUCCCUAAAUAUUCUUACAAAGGUAAGCUUUUCAACUAACUAUUCUUUUUCUCUAAUGUAAUUAUUACUAAGAAAGUUGAAAGAAGAAAAUGAUAACGAUGAAAAAAUCAAUCAACCACAUCCAAAGCAAAAUAGGAGUGUUCGACAAGGAUUCCAUACUCACACCCAUAUCAUAUUGUUUAGAUAUGGGUAUGUUGGGUGAAAUUAAAGGAUCUAGAUAUCAUAGCAUGGAGACCUAUACAAAAGGGUUAAGUUGAUGUAAGAAAAUCCAUAGAUGUGAUCUCGUUAAUUUGCUUUACAAAAAUUCAUGGAUGCUUUACAAUGUUGUGAAACAUACUUUAAACAUGUUCCAAUACAUGCAGGUGUUACAUUAACUGUUGUGAAUGGCUGACUACCACCAAUCUUUUUAAAGAUGGAAUCAAUACUGCUAUCAAACAUAAUGAUGGGUAGUGAUUCAGAGGAGUUUGUAAUGUCUCGAAUUCGGCCUGGCUUCAAACGGGAGUUUGCCUUUGUGGUGAAAGCUCAAUCAACGAUUGGUGGUUCUUUAAGUCUAGGUCGGACUCGAACUCAAACUCAGACUAAAAAAGAUAGAGGUGGGCCUUCAAGGAAUAGGGUUUUAGAGAACUCAAUUAAAAAGAGGCAAAAAAGUUCCGGUUUGGAUGCACAAAAAAAUAAUGUGGAGGAAAGGUUUCCUGAAGAUCGAGUUAGGAGCAAUGAUGGCAAAUCGAUGGACAACAAGGUGGUGAGAAGUGGGCAAGGGGAGCAGGGGAAUGAUUCGACGGAUAAUCCAAUGCAAAUCGGUCGUGAUAAUGAAUCCAUGAGCAGUCCUGCAGAGGAAGAGGAGUUGGAUUAUCUUCCAACUUCCACGCUUAGAGAGGAGGUAAAGACAAGUAGAACUCCCAGUGUGGAUGGGCUGAAGAAAGCACCAUCAAGUCAAAAUCAAAGGAGGGUUUCUCGAGUUACUUUGAAGCCUAAAGCCAAUGCUAUGAAGAUAUCUGUUGUCAACAAUGGUGAGAAGAAUGUGGUGAAAAUGGGGAGUAGUGCAUUGGUGCCUUCAACUCUAAAGGGGUUUCCCACAAAAUUAAAGGAGCUUCUUGACACGGGUAUUCUUGAGGACUUACCUGUGCAGUACAUUCGAGGCUUAAGAAGAAAAGAAAAUGGGGAAUCCGGGCUUCAUGGGGUGAUAAAAGGCUCUGGGAUCCUCUGUUAUUGUGAUACAUGCAAGGGAACAAAUGUGGUUACGCCAAACGUAUUUGAGCUGCAUGCUGGUAGUUCAAAUAAACGUCCCCCAGAGUACAUUUACCUUGAGAAUGGGAAUACCCUUCGGAGUGUAAUGACUGCAUGCUCAAAGGCUACAUUGAAGGCCUUGGAUGAAGACAUUAGAGUGGCAAUUGGUUCAUCCAUAAAGAAAUCUACAUUUUGCUUCAAUUGCAAAGGUUCUAUUUCUGAAGUUGGCACCAGUGAUUCACUGGUGUUAUGCGAAUCAUGUGUGGGACUAAAGGAGUCUCACGCUAGCCCUGCUCAACCAACUGGUACUAGUGAUAGGUCAACAAAAACAACGACUGUGUCCAAGUGCAGCUCAUCAGGAAGUAAGAAUUAUGGGCGGGUAACUAAAAAAGAUGUGGGCCUUCAUAAGUUGGCUUUUGGGGAAAAUGACCUGCCUGAAGGAAGUGAAGUGAGCUACUAUGUUCGUGGAGAGAGAUUGCUAAGUGGUCAUAAAAAGGGUUGUCGAAUCCUUUGUGAUUGCUGCAACUCCGAGGUCAGCCCGUCUCAAUUUGAGGCCCAUUCUGGUUGGGCUUCACGCAGAAAACCUUACCUGCAUAUUUACACAUCUAACGGGGUUUCUCUUCAUGAACUCUCACUAUCUCUAUUGAGAGGGAGGGAACCUUCUAUCAACACCAACGAUGAAAUCUGCAGUAUAUGCCUAGAUGGAGGGACACUGCUAUGUUGUGAUGGAUGCCCAAGGGUGUUUCACAAAGAAUGUGUCUCACUGGAAAACAUCCCCAAGGGCAAGUGGUUCUGCAAAUUUUGCCUUAAUACAUUGCAAAAGGGCAAAUUUGUAGAACGCAACGCCAAUGCAGUGGCUGCAGGAAGGAUGGGUGGGGUUGACCCAAUUGAACAAAUUAGGAAACGAUGCAUUCGCAUUGUAAAAAGUCAAACCGAUGAAGCAGGAGGAUGUGCUUUGUGCAGAAGGCAUGAAUUCAGCACAUCUGGGUUUGGUCCUCACACUGUUAUGAUUUGCGAUCAGUGUGAGAAAGAAUUCCAUGUCGGAUGCUUAAAGGCACAUAAUAUAGAUGAUUUAAAGGCGGUACCCAAGGGGAAGUGGUUCUGUUGCCGUGACUGCAAAGACAUUAAUUCUUCUUUGCGGAAGAUAGUGGUUCGUCGAGAAGAGGAACUUCCAGAUGAUGUUUUGACGAUUAUAAAAAAAAGAUAUGGAAGAAAAGGUUCUGUUUGCAGUGGGAAUCCUGAUAUAAAAUGGAGGCUCCUUCAUGGGAGAUGGGCUUCUGCUACUGAAGCAGGAUCAUUGCUUUCUCAGGCUCUAUCCUUAUUUCAUGAACAGUUCAAUCCGAUUGCUAAUGCAGAAGGUCGAGACCUUUUACUCGACAUGGUGCACAGCAACAGCACAGGGGAGCUGGAGUUUGGAGGCAUGUAUUGUGCCAUUUUAACAGUCGGCUGCCAGGUUGUAUCAGCAGCAACCUUUCGAGUUCUGGGAAAGGAAGUUGCAGAACUGCCUUUGGUGGCAACGCGGAGUGAUUGCCAAGGCCAGGGUUACUUCCAGGCCUUGUACACUUGCAUUGAAAGACUACUUUGCUUUCUCCAGGUGAAUAGUCUUGUGCUUCCUGCUGCUGAAGGAGCUGAGUCCUUAUGGAUUAACAAGUUCAAGUUCCAUAAAAUGGAACAGGAGGAGCUGAACCAUCUCUGCAGAGAUUUCCAGAUGAUGACCUUCCAAGGGACAUCAAUGCUGCAGAAGCCGGUCCCUGAAUAUCGUCGGAUAAGCCAAGGAAAGCUGAAGAUUGGUUCAGAUUAGCAAUGCAUGAAAAUGGGGAACAUCCAGUCUCAAAAUUUUGAACUAUUUGUGCGGAUAAAAACAGUAACGGAAAUUUGUGGCAUGUAGCCAACAAGAAGGCAGACAUGUACGACAGUAGGUUUCUUUAUUUCUUCAAAUGAGUUUGUUGUCUGCUUUUCAAGAGAGACAAGGAUGAGGGCAAACAGUAUCUUUUUCUAUUAUGAAAGGGAAAAAAAUGAAGAAGAUGAGAUGGUGCUUUUUGAGGCGA